ACCCCAAACACCCUCUAUAAUUCAGCGGAGACUGAGUAUUUUGUCUUCUCUAGUCCACCUAUUAUAUACAUCGUCCCCAACUCUCUUCACCUAAAACCCUACCUGCAACUCAAGCUCCAUCAAUGGCGAACCUCACAGACAUCGAAGACGGCUUCUCAGCAACCAAAUUAUUCAACCAAGGCUACUCCUACACCUACGACGACGUCAUCUUCCUCCCUCACUACAUCGAUUUCCCCACCGAUGCCGUCAAUCUAUCCACCAAACUCUCCACAAACAUCAACCUCUCCGUCCCCUGCGUCGCCUCUCCGAUGGACACCGUGACGGAGUCCUCCAUGGCCGUCGCCAUGGCCUCUCUCGGCGGCAUCGGCAUCAUUCACUCCAACAACACCGCCGUUGAACAAGCGGCGUUGAUUCGUUCCGCCAAAUCGCACCGUAUACCGUACGUAUCAACGGAUAUUCCGUUUGUAAACCCUAACGAUUGUAUUUUAGACAGUUCUGUUUUCGAUACGUUUCCUUGUGUUUUUGUAACUGAAAACGGUUGUCAAAAGGAUAGGAAGUUGUUAGGAGUUGUUGAUAAGUUAGUUUGGAAUAGUUUAAGUGAUAAGGAAGCUAGGGUUUCUGGUUACAUGAAGAAGAAUGUUGUGACGUUACCGAAUACGUCUAGUUUUAAUGAUGUUGCUGGAUAUUUAGCUGCUAAUGAUUUGGAUCUUGUGCCUUUGGUGAGUGAGAAUGGGGAGUUGGUGGAUGUAGUGAGUGGUAAGGAUGUGGAGAGGAUUAAUGGAUUUCCGAAGCUAGGGUUGCCGACGGUGGGGAAAGGGGGUGAGUUUUUGGUUGGGGCCUCGAUUGGGACGAGGGAGAGUGAUAAGGAGAGGCUGAAACAGUUGGUUGAUGCUGGUGCUGAUGUGAUUGUGAUUGAUAGCUCUCAAGGGAACUCGAUUUAUCAGAUUGAGAUGAUUAAGUAUGCUAAGAAGAUGUUUCCGAGUAUAGAUGUGAUUGGGGGUAAUGUGGUUACUAUGUACCAAGCUCAGAAUUUGAUUCAGGCUGGAGUUGAUGGAUUGCGAGUCGGGAUGGGUUCGGGUUCUAUCUGUACCACCCAGGAAGUCUGCGCGGUUGGUCGUGGUCAGGCUACUGCAGUAUACAAGGUAGCAUCUAUUGCUUCACAAAGUGGUAUUCCCAUCAUUGCUGAUGGUGGCAUUUCAAAUUCUGGGCACAUUGUCAAAGCGUUGACCUUAGGAGCAUCAACUGUCAUGAUGGGAAGCUUCUUAGCUGGAAGCACUGAAGCUCCUGGAGUCUAUGAGUUUCAGGGUGGACGUAAGGUUAAAAAGUACCGUGGGAUGGGAUCUUUAGAAGCUAUGACAAAAGGAAGCGAUGCUCGGUACCUGGGUGAUACAGCUAAGAUGAAGAUCGCACAGGGGGUUGUUGGGGCGGUUGCAGACAAAGGCUCUGUUUUGAAGUUUAUUCCAUACACAAUGCAGGCAGUGAAACAGGGUUUCCAGGAUCUUGGUGCUGAUUCUUUGCAAGCAGCUCAUGAGCUGUUAAGGUCCGGGACCUUAAGGCUUGAGGCACGAACGGGGGCGGCGCAGAUUGAAGGCGGAGUUCAUGGCUUGGUGUCUUAUGAAAAGAAAGCAUUCUAAGAUGUUAAAUUUCUGGAACAGAGGCUACUGGGUCUCUAUUUUGUUGGUGUGGUUUCUUUUUGUAAUUUUAAAUUUCUUGGACCAAUAAAUCGACCCUGGCUAUAAAAUGAGGUUUGAUGGGUUAAAAAUGAGUCCUCUCUCAAUUAGAGGUGUCACAUAGACAAGCUAUGUGAUUCCACUCCAAUGCUCAAGUCAAUUAGGGACCAGCUUACCCUGAAUGAAGUACUUAUCAUUUGGUGAUGAAAUGAUGUUCACAAGUAAAAGUUGGUAAUCAGGGGCGUACUUACCAUAGGAGGAGGGGUAGUCCACGCUACCCCUCAACUUUUCUUCGAAAGUGUAAUUUUUUACUUUUUUCGACGUUUUUUGUAUUCCUCUACUUUUAAAAAAAAUAUUGUGCUACCCUUCUCGUAUGGAAUAGUUAAAGUGAAAGAGGGAUCACUAAAAAUAGAUG